UGUUUAAUUUAUUGAAUGUUUUUAGCAGCAGAUCAGCAUCAUCUUCAUCAUCACGAGGGUAGCGUUAAAUCUCCCCAUUGCAGUAGCGAACCCAAAUUAACGAACGCCGAUGUUAGUCCAGCAUGCAGAAGAAGGGGAAGUAGAAGAGGUCAGAGUAUGCAUCAUGCUCAACAAAAGAAAAGCAACGAUUUCCUUGACGUUCCCGUAGCAUCUAUGCAAUUAUCACCAAGGGAAGGUGAAGAUGAGGAUAGUUAUAGGCUUCGAAGCUUUAGUUUAACGAGAAAAGGUGUCAUAAACAGAGGGGACUCUUUCAAACGAAGAAGAUCACGAUCGAAUUCUUUGGCACCUGCGGAACAGGAAACGGAAGAAACAAAUACCAUGCCACCGAAGGAGGUCAUAUCAUAUAACGUAGCCAUUUUGGGAGCAAGGAGAGUUGGAAAGACAGGCUUGAUUAGCCAAUUCAUGACAAGUGAAUGUAUCAAUGCCUACGAUAGGCAAAGAGAUGUCCCAAGCGAACAAUCCGUUUUUGUGAAACUCGAUGGAGAGGAAAGCGAAUUGAUAUUUUUAAAUAUCCCCAAUCCAAAGACGGAAUUGGAGAAGAUACCACCACCUGAUGCUUUUGUAGUAAUGUAUUCGGUAAUAGACAAGGCAUCCUUUCAAAGAGCAGAACAAUAUUUGGCUUACCUUCGUGAUCAGGAUCUUGGUAAACCGGUCAUUCUCGUGGGUAAUAAGGUUGAUCUAGCACGUUCUCGAGUCGUUCCAUAUUCAGACGGCAAGGAUAAGGCUUGUAAGUAUCGUGCAAAGUUCAUCGAGGUAUCGGUUGGUAUAAAACACAACGUCGACGAAUUAUUGGUCGGUAUAUUGAAACAAAUACGGCUAAAAAUUGAUCAAGGCCAAUUGGAGAAUCAAAGUGGUGGUAAUACUGCGAGCGAGGGAAGCGGUGGUGGUCAUUGGUAUAAUAAAUCUGGAGUUGUGGUGCGAGCUAGCAUGAAGGCUAAACAAAUGUUAAAUUCGCUCUUCAGAAGAGAUGAUAGCAAAUUUAAAAACUGCGAGGAUCUUCAUGUGUUGUAGACUGGUAACAAAAAAAAAAAAGAAA